AUGAAGAACUCAAUGAACGCAGUGAGAGCAAAAGCAACUUCCAUCGUUUGGUUCUGCAGUAACCUCCGAGUUCACGACAACAAGUGCCUCAACUCGGCCACCAAUGAGUCUAUGUCAGUCCUGACCUUGUACUACUUCAACCCUAGAGACUACGAUAAAUCAUCUUCCGGGUUUAACAAGACCGGGUUGUACCGUGUUGCAUUCUUGAUUGAAUCGGUGUCAGGCAUUGGGAAGAACCUUCAGGCAAAAUGGUCUGAUCUUGUGGUGAGGGUUGGGAAGCCUGAGAUCAUUUUGGUUGAAUUGACCACGGCGAUUGGAGCAGACAUUGUGUAUGCUCACAGGGAGGUUUCACAUAAUGAGGUUAAGGCCGAAGAGAAGAUUGAGGCAGCGAUAAAAGACGAAGGCGUCGAAUUGGGACGACGACGAGAGAGAAUUCCAGCGAGUAAAUUGGGCUGCACAAUGGGGACGGAACUAGCGAGAAAGCUUCUGAUCAACGAGCAAAAUUGA